UCCUUCCGGAGUCAAAUAAGUUAGGUUUGGGCCAAAUGUUAUUGUUCGAAAAAAACAUCGUCCCAAAGGUAACCUAGCAACAUGAUAGACCAACGUCAGCACUCGAACGAAGACGUUUUUAGCGAGUUAUAAACGGACUUCAAGUUUACUUCUCGACAUUUAGCGUUUAAAGAUGUCUCUGUUCAGCGAUUUUAUCGACUUGCUCCGGUGUCUUUUCUCUUUCUGCUUGUCAGAUCAAGUAUCGACUGAAUUGGAUGAGGAGGAAUCGUUUAAAGAUGCAGCGAGUGGUGCAGACAAGUGUAACGAGAUAGAGGACACAAGUGAAAAUGAGAAAAGUUCUGAGAAUGAAGAGAAGAAAGAGAUGAGCAGUCUCCUAAAGAUGCCAUCAUUGCCAGAGCCAAUAUUGGUUAAAGAGGCAUCUGACCCUCCAACUCCACCAUUCACUGAAAUUAAUGCCCUGCCAUCGGCCGGACCAGUGAUUUUUAACCGGGUCCUUCCAAACUCCACUCUACCCGCUGAUAAGAUCAGACCUAUGUUCAGACCUCAGCUAUCAGCAGGGGAGCCAGUACGUUUUUACCGAACCUCACGACACUUCCAACCCUUGCCUACGAUUGAGGAGUCGUCUCUGGGUGACAGGAUCUUUCCAGAGUCAGUGGCACCAGCUGGCCGGAUACAAACACUACCAUCUGUGAAAGCACCGCUGCUGGUUUGUGAAAACCCAACCGCGGUAUCAGAUGAAGUGAUGUAUCUGCUUUCCUGUAGCUCAGUGCCGUCAGAGGAACUGGAUCUGAUGAUUCAAGUAGAUCAUGGCAUCCAAAUCCUUCCACGUUCUUCAUCCACCUUACUGUUUGACCUAGAAGAUAUUGAAAUUGAAAAUGAGUAUGUGAAGUACACUGGGAGGACGAUCGGUCCCGGUGAGAUGAAGACUUCCCAAAAUAAAGCGCUGGUGGCUGAGAUAAAGCAUCCACCGCUGAAAGCUAUAGGGAAGUGUUGGAUGGAGAAUGACAGUGAAGACCAGAAGCCAGUACCUCCCAUCCAGAUGGAGAAGGUUCAAGACAUCACUGAUACACAUGAGAACGACUCGGAGUCAUAUUCCUCUUCUUCAAAGAUGGAAACAGACGUUGCCCCUCAGAAACCAAGGGAUCGAAAGACAAGAUUGUUCCAUGUCAAUCCUUCCUGUCGCCCCAAGACAGAGACUCAGCAACUGAAGACUUCUUCUUCUCUCUGCGAAUGGGUUGAGCAAAAGAUCAGGAAAAGAGACGAGAAGAAAAGAAGAAAAGAGAAGAUGUUACUGGAAAGACAGCAGCUGCAUGAGCGAUACCUACACGAUCCAAAACUGAAACAUCUGUGGGUCAACAAGCACAACCGCUUCAAUAGAUCCGUCCAUGAUGAGGUUUAGAGACUGUUUGACUGUCUCCUGUCUACUGCCAUCAUCUGACCACGACAUCAAAACCCCUUGUGCAUGAAAAACCCUUUGUGCAUGAAAAAAACACCCUUUGUGUAUAAAAAUACCCUCUUGUACAUGGAAAACCCUUUGUUCAUUAUAAAAAAAAACCUUUGUGCAUAAAAAUACCCUCUUGUGCAUGGAAAACCCUUUGUGCAUAAAAAUAAACCCUUGUGCAUGAAAAACUCUGUUUACUGUCUUAUCUUCGGUUCCCUGAGAAGCGGAAGACACUCUUUCCCUUACCACUUUACUGAAGUCUAAUUGGAUAACGCCAGUGAAAAAAACUGGCAAAUUGUCGAAAGACAUGCAACAGUUUGCAAAUACAGACGAGCCCUUGGCCGUAUAAAAACGGUGCAUUGCGACAAUACCUCAGUAUGGCGUUAGAAAACUAGUUUCUAAUUAGUAAACACAGCAGGCAAGCAGAUUACAGCUGCACGAGCACACUGAAAACGCUUGUGGCAUAAAUGUAAACCUAUAGAUAUUGCAAAUCUCUAAUUCGAACACGAAAAUCAAGAUUGUGCACUUCAAUCAACACAUGCGAUGAGAAAUAACAAACCGUCGAAUUAAAGCAGAUCGGGGGAUUCUUCACGCGCGCGACUCAUUUUGACUUUGUACUAAGGGGGGCGGGACACUGCGAUUUUGU